CUAUUAUGGUAUGGAGUCGCUCACAUAAACUUCCGGUAGGGUGUGAGCCUGACGCGAAGACCAGGGUUUCUUAAACAAAUCUAUUUUCUUUUUCAUUCCACUUUUCUAAAAGAAAAAUGUCCAAGUCUUUGAAGAAGAUUGUGGAGGAGAGUCGGGACAAGAACCUUCCAGAGGUUGAGAUGUGUGAUAGAGGCAUUACGAACAUGCUGGAUAUCCCAGGACUGUUCACCCUUUCCAACAUCACUCAGCUGGUUCUCAGCCACAACAAGCUCACAGUGGUGCCUGCUAACAUCUCUGAGCUGAAAAACCUGGAGGUUCUAAACAUGUUCAACAACCAGAUUGAAGAGCUGCCAACUCAAAUCAGCAGUCUUCAGAAGCUCAAACACCUCAACCUCGGUAUGAACCGUCUGAGCAGCUUGCCCAGAGGAUUUGGUUCGUUGCCAGCUCUGGAAGUAUUGGACCUCACCUACAACAACCUCAGCCAGAACUCCCUGCCUGGAAACUUCUUUUACCUCACCACUCUUCGUGCUCUCUAUCUGAGUGACAAUGACUUCGAAGUCCUGCCUGCUGAUGUUGGGAAGCUGACCAAACUGCAAAUAUUGAGUCUGAGGGAUAAUGAUCUGAUUUCGUUGCCUAAGGAGAUCGGGGAGUUGGCUCAACUCAAAGAGCUUCACAUCCAGGGCAACAGACUGACUGUUCUGCCCCCUGAGCUUGGUAAUCUGGAUCUGACUGGUCCUAAGCAGGUGUUUAAAGCGGAGAAUAAUCCCUGGGUCACUCCAAUUGCAGACCAGUUCCAACUGGGUGUCUCCCAUGUUUUUGAAUAUGUUCGCUCAGAGACCUACAAGUAUCUCUACGGCAGACACAUGCAGGCCAACCCAGAACCUCCGAAAAAAAGCAAUGAUAAGAGUAAGAAGAUCAGCCGCAAACCACUGGCCGCCAAGAACAAAUGAAGAAAAGACAGAGGAUGGAGAUGAAUGCUUGCUCAACCAGCUUAACUCACUGCAUGUGCCUUUUUAAUUUUCUCAUUUUUGUUUAUAAAAUUACAUGUUACAUUUUGUAACAUGGAAAUGUAUUUUAUGUUUCUACAUACUGUAUAUUGUGUUAAAUGUUGUUUGGACUGUAUUCCACUGUGUGUGAGUCUAAGAUGGAUGUUUUUUUUCUAUUCUUCAAAUGUGUCUCAGUGAUGGUGCUACUUACUUAGAGCAAUUGGACAUAGAGAUGGCUAUUGGUAACACCUGCAUAACUACCAGAUUAGAGUUCAAUUUUAUUACAUUAUAAUACAAUUUUAGAAUAUUUUAGAUUGUUUUUGUAGAAAAGAAAAGACAUUAUGCAUUAUGCUGGUGGCCCCAGAUGGCAAAUGGAUGUACUGUAAUUUGAAAUAUUGAGGACAUCAGUAUCAAGAAAUUCUGCAGGGCGACACUAUUAAACCGCUAUGAUACCAAAGGCAAACAUCAGAUAGAGGUGAAGAACUGACACUCACAGAUGUUUAAGAGACAACUUGUGGAAGAGUUAAGAUGGACAGCGUUUUACUUCGCUGUUGUUGUCCACUUUGCCAUUAAAUAUUAAUCCAGCCUCCAAAAAUAUUCAGCUCCCUAAUGACAAACACCUGAUGUCCACUGCAUGCACCUAGAAACACACACACUUACUCCCUCUCCUCUCUCUCUUGUUAUUUAACUAACAAAAAUAGUUUUGCAGUAUAUGUUAAUACUAACAUGCAAAUAUAGCAGAACUGAGAAAAGAGCUGCAAGUGAGACGAUGUGGUCACAUACCAGUUAGAGCGGCAUUAGAUCAUUUCUAGCAGCUGCAAUGGAGCUGGAACACACCUCAUCUGUGUCUGGUGGACACUGCAUUGUCAUAGGACAGCAGUGUUCUAUGACAAUGCAGGGAGUUUUUGUUUGCCGUUGACGCCAAGUACUUGCUCAUGGGGGAAUGUUGGGUCUCUGUAUGUUAAAGAGUACUAUCUAGACCUGCUCUACAUGAAAAGUGCCCUGAGAUAAUAGCUGCUGUGAUUUAGCGCUAUACAAAUAAAAUUGACUUGAUUUGUUCUUCACCGUGAAACAAACUGGAGUCUUCGGAACAACUAUUUCAAAACAGUAUUUCUAUUGUCUCUAAGAGUGAGGAAGCAGCAUCAGUGACACCUGCCAAUAACUGUGUUCAUUCCACUGAUCUCUGAGAGCAGACUCACUUCAAUCAUUCUUGUUUUCUGAUGUUUGAAUCUAACUGUACCUUCAAUUCCACAUUCUCUCCAUUAAGUUAUUUUUACAAGCCUUACCGAGUGCCCAUCACAUUUCGGUCUUUUGCAAAAAUGAAUUAAUUUAAUCCAUUUUCAAAAAUGAAUCAUGCUUUUAACAUAUAUUGAAAGUUUGUUAUGCUCCCUGUAAUUAAUAUUUCAAAUAAAAUAAUCACAAUGUCUUCUCUCAAAUCGUUCAUCAGAUAAACAUAUGGCACAGUACAAGCCGUAAGGAUUGUAAGUUGUGGCUGUGCUAUAGUCAUGUUUGGAGUUUGAAUAUAUUGUACUGUUAGAAUUCUCCAUUAUCAUUUUGAACUGUAGAGUUUUGUUCCUUUUCUUUUUUUACUUUGUUUCACCAGCUGAGUUCAGUACCAACACUAUGGACAACACUGCGAUGCCUGGAAACAGGCGUUUGUAAUCCCUUACAAAACUAGUGCAGAACGGUUCAUAAAGGUUAAGAAUUAAAUUUGAAAAACAUGUCUACAGCUAGCCAACUGUUAGUCUUAUGAAAACAAAUCAAAGACAGACUGUGGUCUGGAUUAAUGCUUCUAAGUGUUACUGUCAGGAACACAGACAACAGUCAGACAAACUCUACCAGGCUUUCAUAAAUUCAACAGACAGAAUAGUUUUCAGGUACUGUAGGCUCUAGGUAGAGUAUAUUGGAAGAAAAAUAUCUCACAAUGCUUGAAAUGAAUUUAGAAAGCUCACAAUGACACUAAUGUAGACAUCGUGAUGAAAAACUAAUUAAUGCUGCCUAGCAGUGAGUCAGUGGUACAGAUUUGAUAGUGGUACCUCACUACUGAUAUCCCUCUGCCAUGUAAACAGUACAUGGUAGAUGUAACUACACUCUGUUAACCUAAAGCCUUGCAUUAAACAGUUACAAGGAUAAAUGUUCACUGAUUAUACCCUACAUUACAGACCCUUGACCCAUUUGUGUGAUUUGAAGGAACAUGUACAUUUUGUGGGGCAGUGGCUCAAGAUAUUUUAGUAAGGAUGUAAACAUACUUCCAGAAAGUACAAUUUAUUACACCUGAACCUAGCAAAGAUUUACCAGGUAGACGUUACUAUGAGGCUAUGUGUAAUUGUUGUAUAAGGCAAAAAUGUAUACCUAUCAGCAGUGCAACUAUAUGCAAAAUGAUGCUAUUUUAAUGACAUUUAUUGCUUAGAUGCCUUCAUUAUUAAUAUUAGAUUAUAACUGCUACUGAUGCCAUAACUCAGACACAAACAAAUAAAAUACUUUGCUAAAGAUG